GCAAAAUAAACAAUUGUGAAAAAUACCAUCAUCCUAUGCUGCAUAAAACACCCACAUUCCAACCAAUGGGAUUUAGUGGUUGUGUGCAGGAGGUCCAGAACAAUAUACUUCUAAAAACGAUACCGGUUAUAAUCCAUGGUCCAACGGGAGAUAAAGAGGACUUGGCAUUCUUGGAUGGCGGCAGUACUGCUACACUAUUAGACAUGCAAACAGCCCGUGAUGUUGGUAUAAAAGGAAAGGCCGAACCAUUUUGCUUCAGCUGGACAGGCGGAGUGUUCAGGUAUGAGAAUACGGCCGAAACUGCAGAACUCAACAUAAGUGGUGCUGGCAAAAGAUUAAUUUGCCGUGGAAAACCGACACCCAAGCCUACCGGAGAGUCGUCACAUGGCAGAACAGCGGCUGAAAUGUCUCGAACGUAA